ACCCAGUUCGGCCUUGCAGGGAGCUGAGGAGCAGGAACCUUCCCUGAGCACUUUCCCCCUCGGAACAGCUUUGCCAAAAUUCGGGACAGUCGGAGCCAGAGGCUGGAGCUGGAACUCUUAGUCCCAAGAGUUACGGUGGCACUGAGCAGCCCCACACCUUGCUUUGUCCAGCAGAGACUGAGAAAAGGAGGGGGGGGGAAUUCCUCCUGUGCCCUUUUAAAUCUGGACAAAACAGGUUUUUAAUGAAAGCAGCACUUAAUCAUUACUGCCCUGUGAAUUCAGAGCUGGUGGAUAUUUGAUGCAAACAGAGAGUUGGUUGAAACUCUCCCGUACCGGCUCCCUCUUUGUCCCCCCUUGAGCCUGGGAAUGGGUGUGAUCUCCGAGUAGGAGUGUCUCUGCGGUUAAGUAGAGGAUUGAAUUACCGAACACUGCUGUUCCCGAGCUGACAAGGUAGCAGAGCAGCGAACAAAAAGUGCCUUGAAACUAGGCAAAGAGGAGAGAAGGCGCUGGGUUUGGUGGAGAAGGGAGACCUGUGAGGACACUGUGCACUUUCCAGCAAGCUCAGACCGCAGGAUGACAGACGGUGACACAAAUCUCCCAACCAUCGAGAGGAAGCUGGGACUGCAGAUAUGGGGCAUAGAGAAUAUGAAGAUGGUUCCUGUACCUGAAAAGGCUUAUGGGACCUUUUUUGAAGGAGACUGUUACAUCAUUCUGCAUACCAAAAGAACCUCUCGUGGCACCGCUGUGGAUUUGCACUACUGGAUUGGGAAGGAUUCCUCCCAGGAUGAGCAGGGGGCUGCAGCCGUGUACGUCACCCAGCUGGACAACGCGCUCGGGGGGAGCCCUGUGCAGCACCGGGAGGUCCAGGGACAUGAGUCUGAGACCUUCCAGAGCUAUUUCCGCAACGGCAUCAUCUACAAGAAGGGAGGAGUGGCUUCAGGAUUUAAGCAUGUGGAGACCAACAUGUACAACAUCAAGCGCCUUCUCCAUGUCAAGGGGAAGAAGCACGUGUCAGCCACAGAGGUAGCGCUUUCCUGGGACAGUUUCAAUAAGGGUGAUGUUUUCUUGCUGGACCUUGGGAAAGUGCUGAUUCAGUGGAAUGGACCCAGCUGCAGCAUUGCUGAGAAAUCCAGGGGUCUGGCGCUGGCUCGUAGCAUCAGGGACAGCGAGAGGGGCGGCCGUGCUCAGAUUGGCAUCAUUGACAACGAGAAGGACUCCCCAGACCUGAUGCAGAUCAUGAGGAUGGUGCUGGGAGAGAGGCGUGGGGAGCUCCGAGAUGCCAUCCCGGACACGAAGGCGGAUGAGCUGCAGAAAGCGAACGUCCGGCUCUACCACGUCUAUGAGAAGGACAAUGACCUGGUGGUACAGGAGAUCGCCACCCGGCCCCUGACACAGGAUCUGCUCCAGCACGAGGACUGCUACAUUUUAGACCAAGGUGGUUUCAAAAUUUACGUCUGGAGAGGAAAAGCCUCCAGCCCAGAAGAGAAAAAAGCAGCCUUCACCCGAGCUGUGGGUUUUAUCCAAGCCAAAGGCUAUCCUUCAUCCACCAACGUGGAAGUGAUCAAUGACGGGGCGGAGUCAGCCAUGUUCAAACAGCUCUUCCAGAGGUGGACGGAAAAGAACGAAACACAGGGGCUGGGAAAAGUCUACACUACUGGAAAAAUUGCCAAGGUGGAGCAGGUGAAGUUUGACACCACUCAGCUCCACGCCAGGCCAGAGCUGGCUGCUGAGCAGAGGAUGGUCGAUGACGCCUCCGGGGAGAUCGAGGUGUGGAGGAUUGAGGACUUGCAAAUGCAGCCAGUGAAUCCCAAGACAUACGGGCAGUUCUACGGGGGCGAUUGCUACCUGGUGCUGUACACCUACCUGAGAUCAGGCAGGCCCCACUAUGUCCUCUACAUGUGGCAGGGCCGCCACGCCUCUGUGGAUGAAAUCACUGCCUGUGCCCUCAAUGCCAUCGAGCUGGACAAGAAAUAUGGGGACGAGGCCGUGCAGGUGCGGGUGACGAUGGGAAAGGAGCCCAGACACUUCCUGGCCAUCUUCAAGGGCAAGCUGGUCAUCUACGAGGGUGGCACCAGCCGGGCUCAGAAAAGCGCUCCCGAGCCAGCGAUCCGCCUCUUCCAGGUGAGGGGCACGGAUGAGGUGAACACAAAGGCCACAGAGGUGCCAGCCAGAGCCUCCUCCCUCAACUCCAACGAUGUCUUCCUGCUGACCACCAGCCAAGUCUGCUACCUGUGGUGUGGGAAGGGAUGCAGCGGAGAUGAGCGGGAGAUGGCAAAGAUGGUAGCUGACAUCGUUUCCAGACGGGACAAGCACACCAUUUUGGAAGGACAAGAGCCGGCAGAGUUCUGGGAAGCUCUGGGAGGCAAAGCACCUUAUGCCAGUGAAAAGAGGUUCCAAGAGCAGAUCACACACUAUCAACCUCGCCUCUUCGAGUGCUCCAACCAGACGGGCCGGUUCAUCAUGACAGAGGUGGUGGGCUUCUGCCAGGAGGACCUGGAUGAAGAUGAUGUCAUGCUGCUGGACACAUGGGAAGAGAUUUUCCUUUGGGUUGGCAAAGCCUCCAACGAAUACGAGAGGAAGGAGGCCAUUGCCUCAGCUAAGGAGUAUCUCAAGACCCAUCCGGCAGGGAGAGACUUGGCAACCCCGAUAAUCCUGGUGAAGCAGGGCUACGAACCCCUCAACUUCACAGGGUGGUUCAACGCUUGGGACCCCUACAAAUGGAGCGAUGGCAAGUCCUAUGAGGAGAUGAAGAACAGCUUGGGAGACGUGUCGGCUAUAUCUGAGAUCAAAGUGAAUGAGACUGCUGACCUUAACAACAUCAGCCUGAACAAGAGGACCCUCAGCGUGACCAACUUGGCCAGUUCAAGCAAUCCAAAUGCUUCCUCCGAGUAUAAAUCCCACUUCAACCACAGUGACAGUAACAGCUACAGCAACAGCAGCAACUACAACAGCAACAGCAGCCCUUCCCUGAUGCCCAAUGGUGAAGGAGUUUACUCCCGAGAGGUGCUGAUGAACAGGACGGUGGAUGAACUUCCAGAGGGCGUGGAUCCCACUAGAAAAGAGUUCUAUCUCUCUGAUGCCGAUUUCCACGAUAUCUUUGGGAAGUCCAAGGAGGAGUUCUACCAGAUGCCCAAAUGGAAGCAGCAGAAUGAGAAGAAACAGUGUGGACUCUUCUGAGACCACAGGGGCCAUCCAGCAUCCAGUGACUCUGGGACUAACCCUCGCCCUCUUAGGAGCUGCAGGGAAGAAGUGCAGGCAUUUGCUCAGUGAACCCAACCCAACGUCCCAACCAGGCCCAGCUCCAACGCAGUUAUCCCAGCAGCCACUGCUCAGGGGAUGGCUCCUUCCUGCAAACCCAGAAUGCUAGGAGGCGAAACCUUUUGCUGGAACAGCUUGGCAGGAUGUUUUUGCCUCUUCCCGACACUUUAUUGCUGAUAGCCACGAAGACAAGUGUGUGCCACACAACUGUAUUGUAGCCUCUUCUUUCAUUUGCCUUUUGCAAAUCACCAUGUGCACAAGGUCAUGAUAUCCCUUCAUUUGUAGAAGUUUAAAAUUAGGCAAGACAAAGGCCAUUUGCAGCUGCUGUGUAAACGCUGGGUGGGGAAAGGAGGGGGAAGCCCUAAGAGGAUAGAGGGGGGAGCCUUGAGGCCGGGAAAAAGGUAAUGGAGUAGCCAGAUGUCCAAUGGAGUAGUCCAUGGAGUGACACCAGACAGUUCUUCCCCUUCUCACCUUGUAGAAAAACUACCCACCAAAGAACAGCAAGAAUCAGUUGUAGACUAACAGGCAUAGAUACCCCAGGGCAGGUAAAACAUGUGGGAACCUGGUUUGGAAAAAAAAGCACUUAUUACAAAUAUAUUUAUUAGCUGAUCUAUUUCAAGGGCUAGGUACAAAUGCUGAUUUUGUCUGCCAUGCGAGACUCUAUCUACUUUUUCCUCAUUCAGACAGCAUCUGCAAUCUCACCUGGCCUCCCUGAGCACAGCCAGGUGAAUGUGAGAGUCCACCUGCCCAAAGACCAGAGGCUUGAGGAAGCCAGGAGGGUUUUGGGUAUAUCCUGAGGCAGAGCUUGUCCUGCUGAAGGUUUUAUCAGGGCUCCAUCCCUGUGAUGCCCAUGGGGCUGAGGGGUGCCUGGUCCACACUGUGGGCUCUGACUGGGGAGGGUGGCAGGAAAUGUGAGAGUGAUCAGUGAUUAAGGGAUACAACUGUAACCUAAAGGAAGAAACACCUGUUUAAAAACUCAGACAGUGUGGUUUUGCAGCUUUACUCCAUUUCCAGCCUGACCAGUAAUUCCAAAUAAACAUCCAGCAGCAGCACUUUUAAGUGUCCUUGAUCAGCGUGUGGGGUAGGAUGGCAGUAGACAAAAGCUCUGCAGUGCUACAGAUCCUUCAGACACCUGGUCAUCAAUGGAAUUCUGGAUUUUUUUGAAAAAAAAAGAACUGAGGAAAUGGAGCCCCUUCUGUUCCCAGACACCACACCCAGGACAGUUUGUCUCCCCACGCCCGUGCCUUCUCCUGAAGCCUCCCAUUGCCCAUGAGCAGCAGUGCCUGACUGCCCACCCCUGCUGCGGGGGUGUGGGGAUGGAGCUGAGGAGCUGCAGGCUCCUCAUUGAGGAGGAGCAAAGAGCUCUUACUCAAAACCCAGGACCAUUGCACUGAAGUGUCACCAGCUGGUUGGGCUGGAGCCGGGACC